UAUGGCUGGAAACUUUUUUAAAGGGACUUCAACAGAUUAGGAUUCUCGAUUUGGUGAUAAGGAGCGUAAACUUAUAAUGAAUAAAUAAUGGCCUGAAGUAUUUAAUCGAAAGUUAAAUAUGAAAAAUGUAGAGAAACUUUAUAUUAAUUAGAUUGAUUUAUCAGUGAUAAAACCUUGGAUUGAAAAAAAAAUGAUUUAAUAUAUUGGAAUAGAAGAUGAAGUAGUUUAGAGAUAAAUAAUUAAUUACUUAGAACAAUAAAGUGAAGAUAUUAGGGGACCUGAUCCGAAAGUUCUAAGCAUACAAAUAAUGGGAUAUUUUGAAAAAAAUACCUUACCAUUUAUGACUGAAUUAUGGAAUUUAUUGGUUGAUGCAGAAGGACAAGAUUCUGGAAUUGUAAAAUGAUUAAAUGUUAUUUUGAGCCAAAUUAAUUAUUGGAUAGUAAGAAAUUGGAGUAUGAGGAGAAGAAAAAAGAAUUAUAAAGGUUAUUAGAAAGAUAAAAAUUAUUAUAUCAGGCUAUUGAAUAUUCAGAGAAAACUAGAAAAAAAACAAAAUUAGAAUAAUAAUAAUGA